AUGUUCGGACAACAUAAAAAUGUUAAGAAAUCCCGCGAGAGUAAACCACUCGUAAGAGCCGGAAUAACUUGCCGGGUUUGUUCGUUAAUUCUUUCUGCAGUUUCUGUUCAUUAUCUAUCUAUCUAUCUAUCUAUCUAUCUAUCUAUCCUAGUCUGUUCAUUAUCUAUCUAUUCCAAUCUCUUCAUUAUCUAUCUAUCUAUCUAUCUAUCUAUCUAUCUAUCUAUCUAUCUAUCUAUCUAUCCUAGUCUGUUCAUUAUCUAUCUAUUCCAAUCUCUUCAUUAUCUAUCUAUUCAUCUAUCAUUCAUCUAUCUAUCUAUCUAUCUAUCUAUCCUAGUCUGUUCAUUAUCUAUCUAUUCCAAUCUCUUCAUUAUCUAUCUAUCUAUCUAUCUAUCUAUCUAUCUAUCUAUUCCAGUUUGUUCAUUAUCUAUCUAUUCCAUCAGUUCAUUAUCUAUCUAUCUAUCUAUCUAUCUAUCUAUCUAUCUAUCUAUCUAUUCUAGUCUGUUCAUUAUCUAUCUAUUCCAAUCUCUUCAUUAUCUAUCUAUCUAUCUAUCUAUCUAUCUAUCUAUCUAUCUAUCUAUCUAUCUAUUCCAGUUUGUUCAUUAUCUAUCUAUUCUAGUCAGUUCAUUAUCUAUCUAUCUAUCUAUCUAUCUAUCUAUCUAUCUAUCUAUCUAUCUAUCUAUUCCAAUCGUAUUUCGUUCGUCUUCAUUUUGUCCAUCUUUCUUUCCGACCUGCCGAAAACGCCUCUCCUUCAUUCUUCGACUUUCAACGAUUUGCAUCAAGAAACGCGCAGCUGCUUUUUUUUUCAAAUAUUUUUCUCCAAAUAAGGAAAUCGUGUCUCAGUCUCUUUAUCUUGUUACACCUGCGUCUCUGGACGUAUCUUUUAUUUUAUGCGUUCUUCAUUUAUUUUUUGUUUCAUCCCUAAUUGGUCAUUCAAUUUUUUUCUUCAUUUUUUUAGCUACUUUUAUACUUUUUUCUUCUAUGAUUUAUUCCUUUAUCUUUCUUUCUUUCUUUCUUUCUUCAAUCUUUUCUUUUCUUUCUUUCUUUCUUUCUUUAGUUAGUUACUUUUACUGUUUUUUUGCCUACAAUAUCUUUCUUUUUUUACACUUUUUGGUUACAAGAUCACUCCUUUCUUUUUUUUUAGUUUUCUUUUUUUUUUCGUUACAGGAUCUUCUUUCUUACUUUCUUUUUUUAGUUAGCUACUUUUUAUUCUUUUUUCUUUUUUUAUUCCUUCUUUCUUUCUUUUUAGUUUCUUUCUUUUUUUCUUUAGUUACUUUUAUUCUUUUUUGGUUAGAAUAUCUUUCUUUCUUUCUUUUUUUGGUUCUUUUGUUUUCUUUGGAUUUCUUUCCACGAACUUGUUAUCUUUCUUUGUUUAAUCUCUCUUCUCGUCACUACAGUUAUUCUUCGUUUUCGAUUCUUACUGCACUCCAUUUUUGUCAUUCAUAUUUCUCCUUUUCUUUCUUUCUUUCUUUCGUUACUUUUAUUCUUUUUUGGCUAGAAUAUCUUUCAUAUUUCUCCUUUUUCUUUCUUUCUUUCUUUCUUUCUUUCUAUCUAUUUUUUUGUUCUUAUCUAUUUCCUUUCUCUCUAUUAUCUUUUUGUUAUCUAUCUAUCUAUUUGUUUGUUCAUUAUCUCUCUUUAUCCCACUCUCUCUCUAUCAGUCUGUCCAUUUCUAUCUAUCUAUCUAUCUAUCUGAGCAUAAUCUAUCUAUAUUAUCUCUCAGUCUUUUUGUUAUCUAUCUAUCUAUCUGAGCAUAAUCUAUCUAUAUUAUCUCUCAGUCUUUUUGUUAUCUAUCUAUCUAUCUAUCUAUCUAUCUAUCUAUCUAUCUAUCUAUCUAUCUUUCUUUCUUUCUUUCUUUCUUUCUUCACUCAUGUCUGUUGCGACUUCUACGUUAACUGCAGCCACCGUUCUUUUUUUCCUCUCAUCUUUGACGUUUUCUCCUUUUCCCGCUAG